AUUAGACGACCUUCCGCUACUGGGUGCAUAGGACAAGAUGGGACGACGAACAUGACGCAGAGUGGGCGAAACCUUUCAUCUCCUGUCUUUUACUGCAGACAUCAUCGCAAUGAUCAUGAUCGUGCUCUCCACCGCACUACUUGGACUCGCGGCGGGAUGUCAGGUCCAAGUUCCAUGUACGGUGCCCGAAGGCUCUCAUAUUGUCGACCCAUCGUUUCCUAAUCUGGCGUUGGAGUUUGCGACGCUGGCCAAUUGUGCGCAGAGUAGUCCAAAUGACUCGUCACCAAAUCAGUACUCGAUCAACUUGAUGAAGAAUAUCUUUGACCGCACUGGCGGUAUCCCAAUCAUCAGGGUGGGGGGGACAUCAGCAGAUUUUGUCAAAUACAAUCCUGACAUAGAAGCGCCAGUGGUGCCUUACCCAACAUACGAUGCCAAAUCAAACGUUGGGAACACGACCUUUGGUCCCAAUUUCUGGCCCCUGACAAAAGCCUUCGAUAGUCUUGGAGCCAAAUACAUCCCUCAGAUGCCUCUACCGGAGAAGAACAGAACUCAAAUUGAGUGGCAGGCUCAUGCCAUCGUUGAUGGACUCGGUUGGGAUAAGAUUAUGUCGAUUGAAUUAGGGAAUGAACCGCAGUUCGCUGUGAACGGAGCUUAUGUCAAUUUGACCACGGAGGGCUACGCCAAGAUGUUCAGAAACUAUGCAGAGAUCGUCACGGGCACGAUACGCCCUCCUGCUGCAAUCUAUCAGGCCGGAGACAUCGGAGCCAAUGUUGAUCAACCUCUCGAUUAUCCCAUCAACAUUCCAGGCAUCUUCCAAGCUGGAGUCGACAGUGACGGUAAUGUCAACGCGGCUGCUGCUCAUUUCUACCAAGUGUCCGGUGGCUCCCUCGCGCACCUCAUGAACCAUUCUCACACGGUCUACACUAUGACACCUCAACGAACCUGGGUCGAGUAUCUUGCCACAUACAAGAACGGGUCCAUCCCACUGGUCAUGGACGAAGUGAAUGUUUUGUCUGGACCAGGAAACGAGACUAUCAUGAAUGGUCUCGCUGGUGCGAUAUGGAGGACCGACUACUUCUUCUACUGUAUGACCAUCGGAAUAAAGAGAGUCCACAUGGAAAGCCUUUUCGGAUCGUACCAGGCCAACUGGGUUUCUCAAGCUUCUGAUGGUCACCCUGCAGCCACUCGCGCAGGGUACUACUCUUUCCUCCCCGUAGCGGACCUUAUUGGUAAUGGAACGGAUUCACAAGUCGCUCAACUUAAGGUCGAUGACAGUCUUGAUGGGGAUCAUCAUAUAGUGUACGGAGCUUAUAAUGCUGGAAAGCUCGGCCGGAUUGCAUUUGUCAAUUUCAACGAGUGGGAAAGCGUGAAUAACUCAACGACGGCUCCCAGCACAAUCUUCCACCUCGCCGGACUACAAGGAGCGUGUAAGCUUACCGGAAAACUGCUUCAAGGUUCCCAGGGUGCCGCUGGUCUCGCUGAGACGAUCACCUAUGGCGGGAGUCAGUGGACCGCUGAAAGUGGCGGUUUGGAGGUAGAAAAUGUUCAACCUGGAGGGACGUUCCAAGUGCAAAUCGAUGCGGAUGGAACAGCUAGUGUACCUGUGCCAUACACUUCUGUAGCUAUCAUGUGGCUGGAAUGGUCUUGAGGCCCGCUCCAAUGCUCAUGUAGAACGGCAAAUGACGCUCAAGAAUGCCAAGA